UUCAUUUUAUGUGAGAACUGCUCAAGCUGCUUUCGACCGACGUUAGGAAGAGAUGCCGAUAUGGCUGACGUUUUAAGUUUACUUCGUGUUUAUCAUUCUCAAAACAAGGUUAUUACAGAAAGAAAUGACGAUGUCAUUUUCGGAGAAUUUUCGUGGCCCAAAGAUACCAAGACUAACUACGUCACUUAUGGUACUGGCAAAGAAGGUGAGGCGAAGAGUUACUACACGCUAGAAUCUAUCCUCUAUCUCCUCAAGAACGAGAAGCUUACUCACACCAGCUAUGUCAAGAAAGCUCUCGCAGAGAAUAUUCCAGUUGUGCGUAGGCCUGACAGGAGAGAUCUCCUCGCCUAUCUCAGUGGAGAAAUAAAAACAUCUGCAAAUAUCGACAAGAGUGCACCUCCUGAAAUAUCAAGACAAAGACCAACACAAGUCAAAAGAAGUGCAGAAGAGCCACAGACAGAAACAACCAAGAAAAUCAGAUUUGAGGAUGAUGAAGUUAGGCAAGACAAGAAACGUCUCUUGGAGAGACUGGAGGGUCAUAAAGAAGGUGCUGUUGCAACAACUAAUCAAAUUAGACCCCUUUCCGAUACCAUGUCCAUUGAGCGUAUCGCAUCCAUCCGAGCAAAGUUCCACAUCAAGAAACGUGUGACCAUCAAAGCGGACGUGGAGGCUGACCUCGGGGUCGGAGGUCUCGAGCAGAGAAGUUUCAUCGAUGCAGAGGUCGACGUGUCGAGGGAUAUCAUGAGCAGAGAAAGAAAUUGGAGAACGAGAACGUCGGUACUAAGGAGUAAUGGAAAGGAGUUCAAGAACAUCUUUGCUAUUCUUCAGUCUGUGAAAGCGCGAGAGGAAGGAAAGCAAAGCCAGCAGAGUCAGAAUCAAUCAUCACAUCAAACCCCAUCACAAAGUCAGCAACCCACAGAAAGAAGGAAAACUGUUCAGCAAACCGCACAGCAAUACAACAGAUACGAUCAGGAAAGAUUCAAGGGAAAAGAAGAAACUGAGGGUUUCAAGAUUGAUACCGGUGGAUCUCACAUGGGUGCCUUCCAUGGCAUGUCAAGUCUCGCCAAACCUGCACAGGAAGCUGCACCUGCCAGGAAGCCUGUCGCCCCUACACCAGUACCACGCCCAGAACCGGUGGUAGCUCCUAAACCCCAGACGCCCACCAAGAGGGUCUCGCGUACCCCCAUCAUCAUCGUUCCUGCGGCCACCACAGCUCUCAUCACACUCUACAAUGCCAUGGACCUUUUACAAGAUUUUAGGUUUGUGACGUCGGAUGAAAAGAAGAAGCAAGGUUCCAGGAAGGAGAAUGAUGUCCUAAUUCAGAGAAGGAAAGACGAUGGUAGUACAGUGCCAUACAGAGUCAUAGACACAGUAACCAAACUCACUCGAGCGGAUUGGGAUCGUGUAGUAGCAGUAUUUGUUCAAGGACCAACGUGGCAAUUCAAAGGAUGGCCAUAUAUGAAUGGAAACAAUCCUGUAGAUAUCUUUGCUAGAAUUCGUGGAUUCCAUUUGAAGUAUGAUAAUCUCAAGAUCGAUCCCAAUGUCAAGAAAUGGAAUGUACACGUUAUGGAUCUCAGUCGGAGUAAACGCCAUUUGGACAAAGCUAGACUUCUCAAUUUCUGGGAAGUCUUAGACAAGUACAUGGUCAAGGACAAGUCCCAUUUGAGAAUCUAAGCUGAAGACGGAACACUAAACGCUGGGGCAGUACUCUCAAAACAAUGUUAAAUCUCCUUGGGUAAAAGAUGAUGUAAAUGUCAUUGCAAAAUUUCUAUUGCAGUGGGUUGUUGGGUAAUGUCUGCACAAAAUGUAUCUGUGUAUGUAAUAGUUGUCAAAGGCAUCAGCAGGCAUCUACUUUCUACAAUAAAAGAGAAGCCUUUGUCUUCUGUAGUUGAAUUUGUUUCUAGUCCUUGGCCCUGUUUCAUCAAACUUGUUUUCAAUAACAAAUGCUAUUAAUUCUACGACAAACUAGCUGUCGGCCAAUCAAAUGCCACGAUUUCAGUAGCUUAUAACAGUUAUUGGAACUUGUUAUUGAUUACUAGUUUUAUGAAACAGGGGCACUGGAGGACUGCAGGAUUCACAGAAAGGUGAUGAACGUAUCGAGGGGUCAGUGACACAAAGACGUAACUCCAUUUUUGCCAUUUUGAGAAAAAGUUCUUUAUGUGUCACUGAGCACUUUGGCCUUAACUUAGGAGU